AUGGCGAAGGUGGUUUACGAGCCUAGGAACAUACUCGUGACAGGCGGAGCUGGCUUCAUUGCAAGCCACGUAGCAGAGCACUUGUUCUUUACCUAUCCAAAGUACAAGAUUGUCAUCUUGGACCGGUUGGACUAUUGCUCGAACACCAAGAACUUCGAGUCCAUGCAGGGCAAGCCCAACUUCAAGUUCGUGAAAGGAGACAUCAAGAGCCCGGACUUGCUCCAUUACAUCAUCCAGCAAGAGGACAUCGACACAGUGAUGCACUUCGCGGCACAGACGCAUGUGGACCUCUCCUUUGGCAACUCUGUGACCUUCACGGAUGACAAUGUCCUGGGCACUCACAGAAUUUUGGAGGUGCUGAAGGAGAUGAAGCAUCAGGUAAAGCGGUACAUCCAUGUUAGCACUGAUGAGGUGUACGGCGAGAACGCUAGUUACCACGAUGAAGGGGACAUGAAGGUUGAGGCUACCUCUCCAUUGGAUCCUACGAACCCUUACGCAGCCUCGAAAGCGGCUGCAGAGAUGAUGGUGAAAAGCUACCACCGGUCCUACGGACUGCCCGUCCUUGUCACCCGUGGCAACAACGUCUACGGCCCACGCCAAUACCCGGAGAAGCUGAUUCCCAAAAUGAUCAUGAUGUUGAAAAGGAACAAGAAGCUCACGGUGCAUGGAGAUGGUCUGAGCAAGCGCUCGUACCUGCACGUUAAGGACGUGGCAGCCGCUUUUGACAUCAUCUUGCACAAGGGGGUCACCGGGAGCACCUACAACAUUGGGACCUCCGAGGAGCACUCGGUCAUCGACAUCGUGAAACAGAUUGUCACCAUGAUGAAGCCGGAUAUUGAGCCGGAGAAGAUGAUCGAACAUGUGCGCAACAGACCUUUCAACGACAUGCGCUACUUCCUUGAUCUGAAGCAGUUGGAGCUGCUGGGAUGGAAGGAAACCAUCAAAUUCGAUGAAGGCUUGAAACAGACAGUAGAUUGGUUCACUGUCCAUGGCCAAUCUUUCUGGGCCGACUGUGAUAUGGACUCUGUCUUGGUUGCACACCCUGUUCCCAUUCCAAGGCUGGAGACCCCAGGCAUUUCUGAUCAGCAAGGCUCCAGUCAUGCUGAGCCCCCCGCAAAAAAGGCCAAGAAGGUCAAAUUCCUGGUUUUCGGAAGGACCGGCUGGAUUGGUGGCAUGAUUGGCGAUCUGCUAACUCAGAAGGGCUUCGCCUGGGAGUGGGCUUCUUCCCGCUUGCAGGACCGGGAGAGUGUGGAGCGUGAGCUGCUCCACAGUGGCUGCACUCAUGUGAUGAACGCAGCUGGCUUGACGGGCCGUCCAAAUGUCGACUGGUGUGAGACACAUCGUCAGGAGACCAUUCGGGUGAAUGUGAUUGGAACCCUGACGCUUGCCGACCUUUGCGCAGUCCACGGUAUUCACAUGACCAACUUCGCUACAGGAUGCAUCUUCCACUACGACGAGAAGAAGCCCGAAAAGAUCGAGCGUGGUGACUCUUUGGUCGCAAAGGACCCGUCACUUACCUUCAGUGAGGAAGACCGCCCCAAUUUCACCGGUUCCUUCUACUCCGAAACGAAAGGCUACGUGGAGAAUAUGCUGCGCGAGUUCGAUCAUGUUCUGACACUGCGUGUUCGCAUGCCCAUCGAUGGCGACAUCCUGACAAACAAGCGCAAUUUCAUCUACAAGAUUGCCCACUACAACAAAGUGGUCAACAUCCCUAACAGCAUGACAGUCCUUCCGGAGCUCCUUCCCUAUGCAGUGGAGAUGGCCCUGAGACGGCUGGUGGGUGUCUACAACUUCUGCAACCCUGGGGCGAUCAGCCACAAUCAGGUUCUAGAGCUGUACAGGGACUACAUCGAUCCGGACUUCAAGUGGGGCAACUUUACAGUUGAGGAGCAGGCGAAGGUCAUCACAGCGGCGCGCUCGAACAAUGAGCUAAGCCCCCACAAGAUGUGGAAGGAGUUUCCGGGCAUGCUGCCCAUUAGAGAUUCCCUCAUCCAGUAUGUCUUCAAGCCUGCGCAGACCGACAAGUCGAAGGCAAGGGCCACCGUCAAGUGA